GCUUCCGUUUUACUACUGCUGCUGACUGGAGGAAACAAACAGUAGAGGCUGAAAGAUUCAACAUGGCAACGCCAGUGUCUGUGCUCCGCCUGCCGAGAGGACCCGACCCCAACAGCCGCGGCUUUGACCCCAAAUCCCCCCGCUUCAUCGCUCUCUGCCGCACCUCCAUCCCCACCUCUGCUGCAUCAGAGGUGGACGCUGGGCAGCUGCAGAGUGAGCAGCACGCCAGAUCUGUGCUGAGAGAGAGCUUCCUCCGGUGUCUCCUCUCCAUGGCCAACAAAAAGGUUCACUUCGACAUGCACGAGAGGGUGAAGGUGGAGGCCACGUUUGGAGCGUCGGACAUCGACGUGCUGAACUUUCAAGUGUCAGACCUGCACACUCCCAUCGGGGUGCAGAAAGAAGCGCUGAUCAGGUCUCAGGAUGUGAUUUCAUUCACCUUUGAUUUAUGAACACUUGAUGCUUUUGUAAGCUGUUUACUUGUGGAAAAAAGCACUUUGGAGUCUCAUUUGUUGGUGCAAGUGAACUCUAUUUUCUCAUUCUGUAAGAGUUCAUAAAACUGGUUCUAUUUUUGAUGAUCAGCUUGUUUGUUCAUUGCUUUUUUCAAUGCUGUCGGCAUAGCUCAGUCACUGUGACUGCAUUUAAAGAGAGAACUCUGAAGCGAUCCCCCUUUUCAGCACAAGAGGGAGCCGUACGCCUGUGUUUUAAGAGAGAGGCAGAAACCUGAUGUGAGACGAUAAUUUCUGGUGCUAUGUUUAACCACAAGAACAUCUUGAGAAUUAGAGGCAUUUUCUGUCAUUUCUUUUACUUGUGAGAAUCUAAUUAGACCAGAAAGGUGUAAUGCUGCCUUUAAGGCCGUCAAAUUUAUCAGUGUCUCCCAUUUCUGCUCUAUACCACAAAACUUUCUGUCCAUCUUCUUUUGUGACAUCCAGAAAGAGGUUUGUUACCCAUCUGGUGCUUGAGUUGAGAAGUUAUGUCUUUUUGUCAGUGAUACAAGUGAAACGUUGCACUUUAAAUGUUCUUUUGAGUUAACUGUUUUUGCAUUUGAAGGUGUAUUUUGUCUCUUGUUAGGGGAAAAAUGAAGACUUUGUCAUAAAUAAACUAGAAUUGUUUUUUGUAAAUUAUAAAUCUUCGAGUUUUGAACAGGUUGAACAAAAUAAAAACA